AUGAGAAUAAAAUCAAAUUAUCAUACUUGCUUUGUUGCAGUACUUUUAAAUGUUACUAUUGCACCUUUAGUUUCUGCUUUUCCCUCACCAUAUGAACUGCAGUUUCUACCUCACUAUACUAAUAGUAGUAUAACACCUACAGAUUCUACACCAUCUUCGACUACACCUGAUUCAAGUGAUGUAACUUUAGAAGCUCCUAAUAAUUUCCCUGGAUCAUUAGAUGAACUAGAUGACUACAUUUGUUUAAAAAUUUCUUUUGGAAAUUUAUCUGAUGAAGAUCAAGCUAAGACAAAUGAUAUUCUGGUUUUCUUUGAUAACUCUGUGGGUCAAUAUAUUGAACCAUUGCUUACCUUAUUUAGUGGGUCUAAUUCGAAACUUAUCAAACGAGAUGUCACUGAAGAAGAAGUUCUUCGAGUGAGGCUUUGCAGACGAACCAUUUUAUCUGAACCACUCUCUUCAAUUUCCUAUCCACCUGGAUCCUCAAAAUUUGAUGAACAAAACUCUGAUUCUAUAUCCACAACAGAUAUUUUACCAUCUACCACUUAUCUUUUUGGAUUUUCAUCUACCGCUGAGGAACUUUCUGAAGUGUCUCUUACAAAUGGUGAUAGUGCUGCUGAUCUGUCAUCAAGUUCUUUAGAAUCCGCUACAUCAUCUAGUCCCAGUGACGAUCUAAGUCUAGAUUCUUUGAUGGCAGCUAUUAUUUCUGCUAUAUUGGCAGCUGUUUUCAGUACCACUUUACUUGCAGUGUUAUCGGCCCUUGUCAACAGUAUCGUUGUUCUGUUUCUCGUUUCGCUUGGAGAUAUUCUUACAAGCUUUUUUUCGUUGCUUCUCAGCACGACUGGUCUCACUUUGCGUGAUACAUAUGGUGACGAUGCUAACAGUAUUAUUGACGAAUUGAAUACAAGAUUCAUCUUUACGCAGAUCCUUGCCGUUUACACUACUUUUGUAACAAUUAAAACUAUACUUGCCACUAUCGCUUCUCAAUCGGCUGCCUUAAAGUCGAUUAUUGAAACAUUGAACAAACAUUUCACCAGACUGAUUAACGAGAUCCUCAUUGCUCUUUACUCAAACUCAGAAACAUCCUCUAUUGGAGGAAUAACUACAAAAAUCAAUCUUAUUACUAGUUACUCAACUCUAACUGUAAUGUCUAAUGGAGUUACUAAGACAAUUACUGAGCCUUGUACUACUACGACCGAAACUGUGGUUAUUGCUCCUGGUACAACUUACACCAUUACUGAAACAUGCCUUAAGUGUACCAAAUCCACGUUUAGUUUAACAACAGUUAUUGAAUCCCUUGUUUCAGAGAGUGGAAAGUCGCCGAUUACCAUCACAACCACAAAGGCGACUCCGGUAGUUAUAGAAGUAACUACUGCACCUUCAGAACAUACACUUACAAAUCAUGCUACUACAUCAACUAAUUCAGGAUCUGGCUCAGGUUCAGGCUCAGGAUCAGGAUCAGGAUCAGGAUCAGGAUCAGGCUUCGCUCCAAGUAGCACUACCGGUUCGAGCUCUACAUCAAGUGGCAGCACCGCUUCUGGCUUAAACUCUGGUUCCGGCUCUAUAUUAAGUGGUACAACGGGCUCAGGUUUUGGUUCUACUCCAAGUGGCAGCACUGGCUCCGGCUCAAACUCUGGCUCCGGUUCAGAUUCUGAAUCAAGUUCUAUCCCUAGUGGCAGUGUGGGCACUGGAUCAUCCCCUAAUGAAGGUUCGGGUCCUGGAUCUGGUACGUCACCUAGUGGUAGUGCUGGUUCUGGAUCUGGUUCAUUGCCUAGCAGCAGCGCUGGUUCUGAAUCCAGUGCGUCAUCUAGCGGCAGCGCAGGACCUGGUGCUACCACACUCACUACUUCUGGUACAUCUCAGGCAAUUUCAGCAGUUGCAACCAGCUCAACUACUAUUCCCCAGGUGAAUACGGGAACUUCAAUGAAGGUUUCGUCAUCAGCUUCUGUUGUUGGUAUUGUUGCCUUGUGGUUUAUCUUUUUUUGCCUAAGAUAG